AGCUCUAUUUAUUGCACACAGAAAGAACACUGAUAGAGAAAGGAGAGAAGUGACAAGAAGAGGCCAUUCCUAGUUACUUUCUCUCUCUAAACUUCUUGCAUUUUAGAGAGAGAGAUGAAUCUGUGGGCUCAGUUCUGUAUAUUUUGUGCGGUGCUGUUUAUUUUUCUUAGAAUCAACCAAUCAAAUGCAAAGAAUUGUGAUUUGUUUGAAGGAAGUUGGGUCACUGAUUCAUCAUCCCCUCUCUACAACUCAAAAUCCUGUCCAUUCAUUGAGAGAGAGUUCAACUGUCAAAACAAUGGCCGCUCUGAUGCCUUAUACCUCAAAUACAAAUGGCAACCCCAUGCCUGCAACUUACCAAGAUUUGAUGGCCAACAUUUCUUGCAAAGAUUCAAAGGGAAAAGCAUAAUGUUUGUGGGAGAUUCUUUAAGCCGGAAUCAAUGGCAGUCAUUAACAUGCUUGCUUUACACAGCCUUACCAUCGACCAAAUAUAAUGUUUCUAGAGUUGGAGAUGUUUCUACAUUCACAUUCGCGGAUUUUGACGUUAAGGUGAUGCUUGAUCGCAAUGUAUAUUUGGUGGAUGUUGUGAAAGAAGCCAACGGUAGAAUCUUGAAAUUGGACUCAAUUGAGGGUGGAAAAAUGGAAAACGGGAUCGAUGUGCUUAUUUUCAACAUGGCAUUGGUGGAAUCGUAGAGGAGCUACACUUUUC